UUUCCGUAACUUUCUGGCAAUCACUCACUGUUAGCACCUUUAUGCGAAGUUACAACGUGAUACAAGGAUUUCUUGCCUAUUUAGCACGAUUUACGCCUUAAUUUUGACUAUGAGAACUUAUAUUCGGAAAACUAAUCGUGGGGAAGAUGCAGACCUCAUCAAACGGGCUGUUUACAUUGUAUUGACUGAACAAAGGAGUGUGCGUGAUGUUGCAGCUGAUCUUGGUGUUUCUAAAUCCACCUUAGCCAGACAUGUAAAAAAAUUAAAAUCUGAUAAGCAAAUGGACAGAAUUGAAGAUGUCUCUGCCGUGGUUGAAAAGCAUCAUGUUGGUUACACAAAGAUGCGUCAAGUAUUCACUGACCAGCAAGAAAGGGAGCUGGUCAGCUACAUUAAGCGUGCUGCAUCUGUAUUCUUUGGUUUGACACCUCAUGAAAUUAGGAAGUUGGCAUAUGAAUGCACUAUUACAUACAACAUUACAAGGCCUAGUUCAUGGAUUGAAAGGGAAAAGGCUGGGAAAGAUUGGUUCACUGGAUUUAUGAAGAGGAAUGAAGACAUAAGUAUUCGGCAGCCGGAAGCAACCAGUCUUGGAAGGGCAAUCGCAUUCAACCGGCAUAAUGUCACAAUGUUUUUUGACAAGUUGUCAAGUGUGCUUGAUAGAUACAAGUUUGCGGCAGUUGACAUAUGGAACUUAGAUGAAACUGCAGUGACAACUGUGCAAAAGCCUAGCAAGAUAGUGGCAAAGAAAGGUGAGCGCCAAGUUGGAGCUAUCACAACGGCAGAAAGAGGAACACUGGUAACUUUAUGCGAAGCAGUCAAUGCGAUUGGAAAUGCCAUCCCACCGCAAUUUGUAUUUCCUCGCGUACACUUCAAGGAUCAUUUCAUUCGAGAUGGACCACCGGGUUGUAUUGGUACUGCCAACCGAUCAGGUUGGAUGACGGAAGUUGAUUUCCUGGUGUUCAUGAAUCAUUUUAUAAAGCAUGUCCGUCCAUCAAAGACGCAUCCAGUUCUACUUCUGCUGGAUAACCAUGCUUCGCAUGUCGCUGUUAGUGUAAUAAACCUAGCCAAAGAAAAUGGCAUAAUCAUGCUAUCUUUCACCCCACACACAUCGCACAAACUCCAACCAUUAGACCGGGGUGUGUAUGGACCAUUUAAGACGCAUUUACACAGCACACAAGAUGCAUGGUGCAAGAACCAUCCUGGGCAGGCUAUGACGAUUUAUGACUUGCCAGGAAUGGUAGCUAAAGCUUUACCAAAGGCAAAUGCUGUGGACAACAUAGUCAGCGGAUUCAAAGUAUCGGGUAUUUGUCCUUUCGACAGGAAUAUUUUCAAGGACCAUGAGUUUGCUCCUUCUGAGACGACCGAUCGUGCCAACCCAAAUGAAACACAUGUCGAUCAAGUAGCAGCUCCCGCUAAUCAAGUUGAGGCACCAGUCGCUCCCGCUAAUCAACUUCAGGCACCAGUCGCAUCCGCUAGUUAG